CGAACGGCACGGAGAUGAAAGGACCUCUUAGUUAAAGUUACAAGCACAGGCACUGUAGCAGAAACGCCAACGGAUCGUACACGCCCUGCUUCUCUCUCUCUCCCGUACCCUGCGUGAACUUUAUCUCUCUCUCCAUCCCAGUCUAUCCCCCACUGCGCCGAGAAUGGCAAAUCCCGUAGAGAAGAGGACUGAUGAGAAUGGGGAUUGCUCCAUCGCAAACUAAGCUUGAAAGCUUCUCCGUGUGAAGUGUUUGGUUCAAGCGUAUUCGCUCACUUGGUAGAUUUUGGACACAAGAUGGCCUCAAAGAAAAUAAUAGCUAUAUGCCAAUCUGGAGGUGAAUUCGUGCCAAAUAAAGAUGAUGGGUCUUUAUCAUACAAUGGUGGGGAGGCGUAUGCAUUGGAUCUUGAUCCGCAAGCACAGUUAAGUGAUUUCAAGCAGGAACUAGCUGAAACGUUUCAAUGUAGUGUCCAUGGCAUGUCAAUCAAGUACUUCCUUCCGGGGAACAAGAAAACUCUUAUUACGAUAUCUAAAGAUAAGGACCUCAAACGCAUGAUUAACUUCUUUAAGGAUUCUGACCAAGUGGAGGUUUUUAUCAUAGCAGAAGAAGCUGCUGCUCGAAAUGUUUCAAACAUGCCUGCCAGUAGGUCAAGCAGGACAACUGUGUCAGAGGCAGUGGUUCUUCCUUCAGCUGCCCCUAUUAAUGCAAUCCAUGCCUAUGAUCCCAUUGAUAUGGACAUAACCUAUGAAAUCACACCAGGUGGCACUCCUGGUGGCAUAUAUGAUAAACAUCGUAUAGCUGCAACACAGUGGGAGAACACUAUUACUGGUGUGGACCAAAGAUUUAAUAGUUUCAAUGAAUUCCGUGAAGCUCUGCAUAAAUACUCAAUCGCUCAUGGAUUUGCUUACAAAUAUAAGAAAAAUGACAGUCACCGUGUAACUGUUAAAUGCAAAUCCGAAGGUUGCCCAUGGAGGAUAUACGCAUCAAGGUUGGCCACAACCCAGUUAAUAUGUAUUAAGAAAAUGGGCACAAAGCAUACAUGCGAAGGAGCUUCUGCAACAGCUGGGUAUCGGGCAACGAGGGGAUGGGUGGGGAGCAUCAUAAAAGAGAAGUUGAAAGAAUCUCCUCAUUACAAGCCAAAAGAUAUUGCCAGUGACAUCAAACGAGAGUAUGGCAUUCAACUCAAUUAUUCGCAGGCAUGGCGUGCAAAGGAGAUUGCAAGGGAGCAGCUUCAGGGAUCCUAUAAGGAGGCAUACAAUCUGUUACCUUUUUUCUGUGAGAAGAUAUUGGAGACUAAUCCUGGCAGUCAGGCUACAUUCACCACGAAGGAGGACUCUAGCUUCCAUCGUUUCUUUGUUUCAUUUCAUGCUUCAAUAUCUGGUUUCCAGCAAGGUUGCCGUCCUCUCCUUUUCCUUGAUAGCACUCUUCUAUUCUCAAGAUAUCAAGGGAUGUUACUGGCCGCUACUGCUGCAGAUGGGGAUGAUGGUGUCUUUCCAGUAGCCUUUGCUGUUGUAGAUGAAGAAACCGAUGACAACUGGCGGUGGUUUUUGUUGGAAUUGAAAUCUGCUGUGUCAACGUCUCGACAAAUUACAUUUAUUGCUGAUUUCCAAAAUGGCUUAAGCGAAUCAUUACGUGAAAUAUUUGGUAAAGAAUGUUAUCAUGGUUAUUGUCUACGUUACCUUGCUGAGAAACUUAAUAAAGAUUUGAAGGGGCAAUUUUCUCAUGAAGCAAGGCGUCUCAUGGUUCAAGACCUUUAUGCUGCUGCUUAUGCGCAGAAACUUGAGGCUUUCGAACAAUGUACAGAAAAUAUAAAAGCUAUCUCACCCGAGGCUUACAAUUGGGUCAUUCGAAGUGAGCCAGAUCACUGGGCAAAUGCAUUUUUUGGAGGUGCACGGUAUAACCAUAUGACAUCCAACUUUGGACAACUGUUCUACAGUUGGGUAUCAGAGGCAAAUGAGUUGCCAAUAACUCAGAUGGUUGAUGUAUUACGAGGCAAGAUGAUGGAGCUGAUCUAUGAACAAAGGGUUGAGUCCAGUAAGUGGGAGACCAGGCUAACACCAUCUAUGGAGGAAAAGCUACAGAAUGAGAUUUCAAAAGCACGUGCGCUUCAAGUGUUACUUGCACACGGUAGUACAUUUGAGGUUCGUGGUGAAUCUGUUGAUAUAGUUGACAUUGAUCACUGGGACUGUAGUUGCAGAGGAUGGCAGCUUACUGGAUUGCCUUGCUGCCAUGCUGUUGCUGUUUUUGAAUGCCUUGGUAGGAGCCCUUACGAAUACUGCUCCAGGUACUUCACAACUGAGAGUUACCGUCUGACAUAUGCAGAGUCAAUUAACCCCGUACCCAAUGUAGAGAAGCCAGCAACAAGUGAACUAACUGAGGUUGCAGUUACGGUUACUCCGCCAACUAAGCGUCCACCUGGCCGGCCGAAGAUGAAGCAGGCUGGGUCAGUGGAAGUAAUCAAACGCCAACUCCAGUGUAGCAACUGCAAAGGUCUUGGCCACAAUAAAAGGACAUGCACGUCGGCAUCACUGAUCGAGGCGAAAGAUGAUGAUGACGACGAUGCAUCAGAUCCUGUACUCUUAACAGCUGAGACGACCGAAGAGACCUGAGGAAAGCACAUCUAUAUUACCUUCUUGUCGAAACUCAUUGUAAAACAAACAGGAUAUAAGGGAAAUUCCCAAGAUAGAUCCUCGCUUAAUUCACACAGACGAAGUCUUUUGUAGUUUUAUGUUGUUUCAUUGGUGAAAACUGUUUGUUUUUAUUGUCCUCCACCUUGAAAAAUUAUGGUAGUCUUGUUUUGUCUUGAUAGGAGGGUAGUGAUGUAGUAGUUUUUCUCACUGCUAAUUUGGUAGGAUUUGGUGCACACUCGUGGCUUUUAUGCUGUUAUUCGGUUAAGCUAUUAAUUGUCAGGAUUGCUGUUGUAACUUUUGUAUUUGAUGCUCGUGACAUGAAAAUUUAGGAGCAGAACCAUAUGCUUUCUGUCAUUUAUGGAUUUUGGUUGAUCCUCG